AUGGAACCCGAAAACCGAAUAUUCUCGAUUAAAGUAUUUGUUACUUUAGUUGUUCUAAUAGCUCUUGUAACUGCGAACACUAUGAUGAGCAUUGCAUCUUCGAAAAUCGAAAAGAUAGAUACGAAGUUGAUGCGUAGAGUCCAACACGAUAAGAUUUUAUUUGUUAUGGAGAGUGAAAGAUUACUUAUUUCUAUACAUAACCGUUUGGUGAGAUUGCCAUUUGUACCUCAUUGGAUUGUGUAUUUAUUCAAAUCUGCGGUACUUUUUUCUCCAGAAUUCCGCAUUCACUCGUGUAAAGCAACGUGGAAUCAUUUGACAAAGAUACUAAUAGCAAAACUCCCAAGCGGAAGAGAAUACCGUUUGCCAAUCGAGUUAUCUGACAAAAUCAUGAAAAUAGUUGCAGAUAAUCAACCCGAAAAUUCUUCUCCAGAUAUUGUUACAGCUGAUAUGUUAGAAAAUGAACUUUCUGAUUUGGAAAAAAGUAUCAAAGAUAGGUUAUGCUCUCUCCAGAAUGAUUUACGAUCUUUUAUUACAGAACAAAACUUUUUGUUGAAAGAUCUCAUUCAAGAAUUGAAUAACACAUCUCAGUAUUCACAGACUGGUGAUAAAUAUAUGAAGGAAUCUAUCCCUGAACAACUCCAUGUAUGGCAGAAGCAAAUGCGUGUAUAUAACUCCGCAUUGUCUGAAAACAUUAAUAAUUCACAUGCUAAUCUCCAAUCUGGAUUUGGUCGAUUAGAGAAAACUCUUGGUGAAAUGAUGCUUCAAUUAGAUGCUGCACUUAAAAUAAGUUCAGAACAAAAUACCUACACACAUUUUGAACAAUCUAAGGAGGAAAAUGAAGUGUGA